AUGGUUGUCAUCGAGGAUCUUCCCCAGAUCAGGGUCGCUGUCCGCAUCACUGGCUCGGAUAGCGAUUGUGUCGAAUAUGACGAUCCAGAUCCUCCAAUCACACCGUCAGUUGGUGGCACUGCACAACACUCCGUCGCAAAGAUCAUCCAAAGCGAAGACGAUGCGGAAUUCUUCGUACACUACCGUAUCGAUAACAGUUUGGGUUGGUAUGGUGGCAACAAGGGUCUGGCAGUGGCCUGCUACAUCGAUGGCAAGCGCAUGGAUUCAAAAGCUGCGAUGGAGAAACAUCUGCGAAAUGGGUCUAUCCACGGACGUAUAACUGGAGUGGCUGUUCCUUCAGUUAGACCUGGGAAGAUAACCCUGAAGAACUUCAAGUUCUCAAAAAUCACCAGAGUUGAGAACCACAAGGACAAGCUCAAGGAAGAUAUGGAAGCCGCCAAGCAUCUAGGGGUUAUAGAAGUUGUUGUGUGUCGCAUGGUUUAUCUCGGACCAUCUCAGUUUCGAGCACAAAGCGUCAAUUUCCAAUCGGAGCUGGCCAAAAAGGCUCUUAUCAAGAGCACCGUGACACAUGGUACCUCUUUUACCGAGGGAAAAGACGUCGAACCUCCUGAAAGUUUUGUUACCAAGUAUCCAGACGGAAAUCGGCUCAUUGCUCGGUAUGUUUUCAGGUACAAGUCCGGGGCCAUUCUCGAAAACGAAGGCAUCAUCCAGCGUGACGAUUUGCCGGAGACUUCCGUACCUCCUCGGCUCUCGCCAUUGCAUGAUAACCUCACCAUCGAUGAUCUGUCCCAGGAAAAGAUCAGGCGGCUGGCCCAGGAGCGUCUCGACGAUCUUAAUACCGUGAAACGAGAGGAGAAAGUCAAGAGAGAAGGUAGCCCACACCCCGACAUGCGACCAAGCAAGGUCUACAAGGUGGAUUCUGAUGGUGCGAUUGACCUCACGGAUGAGUGA